GGUGGUCCAUUCGUUCGUCCUUUGGUCCUUGCGUCAAAAAUCUGUUUGUUUGUUUGUUGCUGUUUCUUAUUUUUUGUUACUGUGCACGUGUGCAAUGUUCACGAAUUGGCUGACGGGCAGCAGCACGGCGGCAACUCGUUCCGCCUCCACAUCGGGAAUCGGAGGAGCCGGCAGUGGGGCACCGGGUGGAGUGAGUGCCUCCGCCCUGGUGAUGAGUUCGCCACCGGAUGUCAUCCUCGAGGUGGGCCCAGCGCCCAGCAGUGUGCGUUUCGUGGCCCACUCGCUGGUGCUGGGCAUGCACAGUGGUUACCUGAGAUCCGCCAUCCGUUUGGAUGAGGCAUCAUCGGCGGCUCCCAAUCUCACAUCGAACUCCUCAUCGGCGACCACGGCAACGGGGGAACUACUCUUAUAUCUCAGCAAUGUGACGGCCGAUCAGUUUGCACCGCUGCUAACGUACAUGUACACGGGAUAUCUGGACCUGACCGUCGACAAUAUCUUUGCCGUUCUGCUGGCCACCCAUGUCCUGCACAUGCCAAGGGCUCUGGAAAUCUGCCGCUCCUUUUUGGCGCGAGCUCAAACGGAGGGUUAUUUAAACGGCAAUCCCGCCCAGCUUUGUCCAGUUCCCGGCAUUCAGGCAGCCGCCAAGGUCAUCCGGCCGAUACCCAGCAAGGCCACCAUGCCGAAUUUCGGUUUUAUGCCCAUGCCACAAGCCCAGCAAAGUGCUCCUCCUCCUCCUCCUCCGCCACCUCAACCGGCUCAUCCACAAACAGCUGCCACUCCAGCAUCCCUGAGUUCUUUCGCCGGCUCCAUUUCGCUCAUGGAUAACGAACACCCGACCCGGAUCCAGGACAACGACGAAGAGGAUGAGGAUGUGGAGGUGUUCAUAGACAGCAAUACGGUGACGGAUAACGAGGCUGAUCCCGAGCCGGAUGUGGACAUGGAUUGCAAUGUGUCGGUGGUGAGUUCCCUGGCCGGAAGCAGUGCCGGCAGCCUUAACAUCGAGCGCUUGGAUGUGAAGCCACCAACUCCCCUACCAAUAGUUGCGCCACCCAAAUCCCAAACUCAAAGUAUUCAGCCCAAAAUGCCCAGCGCCAAGAGGGAGACACAAACAAAGGGUGCUGGACAUGGUAGUAGGGGUAAUAAAACCAGAUCAAGGAAAUCCAGUGGUCUGCAGGUGGCCAAGGCACCAGUGCCGGCGGCUCAAUUGGAAAUGGCCAGUGCCGCCACACCCAUAACACCCUCGAAAUUCAUUAUCGAUGUGGCCAGUUGCGAUGGCCCGGUGAGAUUUCGCAGGAUUCUCAAUACAGCCUAUGGGCACAAGCCUGAUGGAAUGGAUUCGGGAUCGUUAAGUGGCGGUGGCGGAGCAAUAGCAGCUGCUGGUGGAUCUUCAUCCACAGCAGUGGAGCAGCAUCGCAGCCAGCAGAGUGUAAGCUACUCCUUUCACCAGCAAAUGGCCAGGGCCAUCAGCAGUCAGCAGCGACAGUUGAGCCACCAGGAGCAGGAGGAGAGCGAGAAUAGUGGCGAUGCCAUUGGCACAUCAGCUGGGGCAAAGCCACAGGCAACAGGAGCAACAGGAGCCGCAGCAGCAGCAGCAGCAUCAUCAUCAUCAUCGACAUCAUCAAGCAAUAGAAAACCACAGGCAGCCGGCACAUCGGCGACUUCAGCCAGUGGUUCUGGUGGCCAACAGGAGCUAUAUGUUUGCGUCUAUUGCAAGCACACAUUCAAAUCACAAUAUUGCUAUCAAAAGCAUGCCAAGCGGCAUUUGAAUCCAUUGAGUUUGACCACGGCGGAUAAGAAAUUGCUGGCCGAACCGGUCAGUCUGUUGGCCAGUAGUGGCAACCAGGAAACGGAUAACCAACCAGGUCAAAAUGGAGCAGCAGCAGCAGCAACAACAGAGCGAAGUGCAACGGCAGCAGGAGCAACAGCUGCCCUGUUGCGACGAGAGGUGCGACCCUUGGACAUGAAUGUGCAAUAUUAUCCCUGCAAAACGUGUGGCAGCAAGUUCCCCAGCUACUAUUUCGUGCACAAGCAUCGGAAAAUGUGCCAUGCGGAUGAAAUCGAAGCCACUGCCACGAGCAACACAAGCAACACUAGCAACACGAGCAACACGAGCAACAACAGCAGCAGCAACACCAGCAGCAGCAGCAGCAACAGCAGUACCAGCAACACGAAACGCGACCCAGCAGCAACAGCAACAACUGCUGAUGAUCAACAGCAACACCAGCAACAAUCCUAAGACAUAUAUCUAUAUCAUAUCAAACAAGGCACUGGCUAAAUUUAAGCAACGAAAUCUACGAAUUUAUAUAUACAACAAACACACACACAACACCAUACACGCUAAAUGUUUUUUUUUUCGCUCUAGAAA